AUGGCGGCGGCGGUGCGGCUGCUGCGGGAGAAGUGCCUCUUCACGGCGGAGCAGCUGAGGGAGGUGCUGGGGACCUGCCCCGCCGUGCUGCUGGAGGAGCCGCGCCACCUCCACCACCACUUUCAGUACGCGUACUUCAGGAUGGGGGUCCAGCAGAAGGAGAUGGUGAAGGCCCGUCUUUUCCGAAUGCCCUUUGCCGAGCUCAGAAACCGGCACAUCUUCCUGGAGCGCCGGGGGCUGUACCAGACCCCGCACAAAGGCCAGACCCAAACCAGUAACCCGAAACUGAAGGACAUCCUUCAGCUCCCGGAGAAAGACUUCCUGGCGAGCUUGGCCCACUCCACCCCGGAGGAAUACGAGGUCUUCAGGAAGCUGCUGGCUCGAGAGGAGGAGGAAGAAGAAGAGGAGGACAGGGAUGCACUAUAUGCAGAGGAAGGUGAAGACUUGGACAGUGAAUGA